GUAUUUUCAACCGAUGACCAGACGCGUUUGCACCAUGCUUCGUUGAGUACUUAUUCAAAGUUUCAUGGCAUGUUGUGCGCUAGUGGUUUGUUUAGAUACAAGACUGGUUUUAUCAUUAACAGCUGAUAUCAUUUUAUCGACUAUCGAAUCAGUGAAAUAAAAUCGAGACCUGAUAAAAGUACAAUGUAAACGACACCUCGGUGCGCUAAGUUCAGUGUUUUUUUUCACGUGUAGUUGAAUUUCGAAAAUGGAACCGAACGCUUCUGCCCCCGAUGGGGGCUGGGGAUGGAUGGUGGUCAUAGGGGCAGCAAUGAUAAAUAUGGUCAACCAAGCCAUGUUUGCCAAUUUCGGUCUGAUAUACGGCGAGACGCUUAAAGCCAUGGCAAAUGGUCAUGCAACAGGAAUAACUUUAGUGAUGGCAAUGAGUGUGGUAGUGACGAACACUGCUGGGCUAGUGGUAGGACCACUCCUUAAAAAAAUUAGUUUGAGAACUCUUACGUUCGUUGCCAUAGCUUGUGUUGGAAGUGGAUUGAUUAUUACCAGCUUUGCAACCGAAAUUUGGCAUAUAGUCAUAGGUUACAGUAUUUUCACAGGUUUGGGACUUGGUCUUUUGGCGUCGGGUACAUUUCUGGUCAUCAACGACUACUUUACCACCAAGAAAAGUACUGCUGUUGGAAUAUCCAUGGGUGGUACUGCCAUUGGACAAAUGUUGAUGCCAACAUUUAUAGGAAUGUUGUUGAAAAAGUACGGAUUCAGUGGUACCACUUUCGUUCUUGGUUUCGUCAGCUAUUCAGGAAUUAUUGGAGCCAUGUUUUUCAAGCCAAUAUUCUGUUGCAAAAAAUGUUCAGGGACUGGUCCAGCAGCAGAAAACGGAAACGAACUGGAUAAUUCUGGGGCAGGCAGUGAGAAGAGUAGAGACCUUAAAAAACAGGAAGAGGAAGUAAAUCUAUUGAAACAAAAUGAUCAGUCUCAGAAGACUAAAGAGGGAAUGUUCAAACGUGGAAUAGAAACCCAUUACAAAGAAUCUGCUGUUGAAGUAGCAAAUAGCCAAUUCAAAUUGAAUAAAGAAGAAGAAGAGAACCCUCUUCUGAAAAAGAUCGCCAAAUCCUUGGGCUUGGAACUUCUUAAAGACGGUUAUUUCGUCUUCAUAGUCAUAGGUCUAGGAUUCAUUUACGUUUCUUCAACAACAUAUAACGCCUUUUAUCCUAUGUUUCUUCAAGAUGAAGCGGAGCUACCGAUGUUCAGGACAACGUCUUGUAUGACGGCUUUGUCUGCGGCUGAUGUUGCCGGAAGAUUUACUAUACCAGAGAUCAGCAGAAGAUUGAACUUGAGCAACAAAAGCAGUUUUAUGCUGGGGUGUAUCUUGUUAUGUAUUACCAGAAGUUGUCUGGUGGAACUGGAACAAUUCGAAUAUAUAUUUGCAGUCUCUUUCAUAGUGGGCUAUUUUCGAGCUAUAGCAGUUGUGAAUCAGAAUCUUGUGAUAUCGGAAUAUAUCAGCAAAGACAAAUUACCAUCCGCUGUCGGCCUGAAUAUGGUGGUAAAAGCAGUACUUACCGGAACCGUCGGUCAAUCUUUAGGUGUACUGAAAGAUCAAUUCAGUUACAGAUUUUCCAUACAUGUUUUGGACAUUAUAGUUGCUACUGUUAUGGUAAUGUGGCUGACGGAAGCACUCAUUCGACACAUGAGGACGUCGAAAAAACAAAAUGUGUCAACAGAUAAGAUAGAUAAAGAAAUAAUAUAGACUUAUAAUAAAUGCAUUUGUAUUGAAAUAUAAUAGAGAUUGAAGUAUCAUCACUCAAGUAGAAGUGGAAAACACAGGCAGGUGUGGACCAUAUAGAUAUUACAUAUUAUCUUAACAUCAGGGGCAAAGUUAACUAUUUAUAAGAUAAUUUGUUUAUUCUUUAUGGAAUAUUGCCAUUGCGUGGAAAUAUUUCAUAUUGUAUUUCACGAACGAUUCAUUAACGAUUUUUUGUGUAAUGGAAUAUUUUUUAAUAAUCUAGAUAUGACUUACGUAGUGUUCAGUAUUUGAUAUUCAAUUGUGAUAUAUUAGUAGAAUUGAGUUUUUUGUCUUAUAAUUUAUAUAUAUCGUGAAAUGUCUCAAAUACUAUUUGUUGAACGUUUUGUUGUAACGAUGGAUCGAGGGAGGCAUGCAAGGUACAUUAGCAUACAGCGUGAUACAGAGAUAUAUGUAGAAUGUAAUAUUGUGUAUAUUCGUAAUUUAGAUGUAUAUAAAGAGCUUGAAGUUGCAAAA